AUGGCGGCGGCGACGGCGGCGGGCCCCGGGCUUCCCGGGGCUGCGGGCCCGGGCGGUGGUGGCGGGGCGCGCGAAGGCGCGCGCGUGGCGGCGCUGUGCCUGCUGUGGUACGCGCUGAGCGCGGGCGGCAACGUGGUCAACAAGGUGAUCCUGAGCGGCUUCCCGUUCCCGGUGACCGUUUCGCUGUGCCACAUCCUGGCGCUGUGCGCGGGGCUACCGCCGCUACUGCGUGCCUGGCGCGUCCCCCCCGCGCCACCCGUGUCGCCGCCCCUGACCGGUCCGCACGCGCCUCCCGGCCCGCUGCUGCCGCCGCGCUUCUACCCGCGCUACGUGCUGCCACUUGCCUUCGGCAAGUACUUCGCGUCCGUGUCGGCGCACGUCAGCAUCUGGAAGGUGCCCGUGUCCUAUGCGCACACCGUCAAGGCCACCAUGCCCAUCUGGGUGGUCCUCCUGUCCCGAAUCAUCAUGAAGGAGAAACAGAGCACCAAGGUGUACCUGUCCCUCAUCCCCAUCAUCAGUGGCGUGCUGCUGGCCACUGUCACGGAGUUGUCUUUUGACAUGUGGGGGCUCCUCAGCGCCCUGGCAGCCACCCUGUGCUUCUCACUUCAGAAUAUCUUCUCCAAAAAGGUGUUGAGAGAUUCCCGAAUCCACCACCUCCGGCUGCUGAAUAUCCUGGGCUGCCACGCUGUCUUCUUCAUGAUCCCCACAUGGGUUCUGGUGGACCUCUCGGCGUUCCUGGUCAGCAGUGACCUGACCUACGUCUCCCAGUGGCCCUGGACGCUCCUGCUUCUGGCCGUCAGCGGCUUCUGCAACUUUGCCCAGAACGUUAUCGCCUUCAGCAUCCUCAACCUCAUCAGCCCCCUGAGCUACUCGGUUGCCAACGCCACCAAGAGGAUCAUGGUCAUCACCGUGUCUCUCAUCAUGCUGCGCAACCCGGUCACCAGCACCAACGUCCUGGGCAUGAUGACAGCCAUCCUGGGUGUCUUCUUGUACAACAAGACCAAGUAUGAUGCCAACCAGCAAGCCAGGAAGCACCUCCUCCCCAUCACGACGGGGGACCUGAGUGGCAAGGAGCACCCCCGUGCCAUGCUGGAGAAACCCCAGAAUGGCCUCCUCUUCCCCCAGCACACAGACUAUCAGUACGGCCGCAACAACAUCCUAACAGAUCACUUCCAGUAUGGCCGGCAGAGCUAUCCAAACACGUACAGUUUGAACCGAUAUGACGUGUAGAGUCGGGAGCACAAGGUUCCUUCCCCCACCCCCAGCAGUACCGAAAACUUCUGACAACCAGAAUGUAAAGAGAAAGGAACGGUGCAGAACCAUGGGGUGUCCCCAGCCCCUGGGCUCCUGUGCUUCCAUGGGCAGCGGGAGGACCAGCAGAAGUGAGAACUUAAAGGACUAACCCAGGCAAGGAGUGGAGCAGGUGCCUGUGACCAUUAUUAAAAUAACUCCAGCAACAGAGAGGGACCCAGUUCCCCCCGGCACCCCGGGGGCCAUUUGCAAUUACUGGCAAAUGGUCUGCAGUGAAAAGCAGUUAGUAUUAAGUUCCUGUCGCCUAAUUCUUUGCUGUGCAAGUCAGAGUUGGCAUUGGCCCAGAUUUGUAGAGGAAAGGAAAUUGUUUUCUUCUCUCUGCCCCAUUCUGCCCUUGCCGGAAGCAGGACGGGUCUCUCCUCCAGGGUGGCAAGGAGGAAGUGAAAGUGGGGGAGCACCCACGGUUAAGGAGGAGGAAGAGUCUGGGAAAGUCUUGCUCAGUGUCUCCAGCUGUUCCUGUCAUCCUUGUUCUGUCUUCUGAUGUGUUUUUAUCACUCCUGGGAUGACUCGGUAGGACGGUUCAUGGGGAGGAGCUUGCAUUUUUCUAGGGGAUAUUUUGUAGUUGUGUAUUUUUAUGCCUUGGUCCCCACUAGGGGACCCAUGAGGACUGGCUUGUGGAUGGAAAAAGCAUUUUGUUUUUACAUGGUUCAAAAGAAGAAACGUUCCUACAGGGGAGGCCUACCUACCACAUCCUGGUGUUUAGUAGGAAGCAAUGAAAUGUGAAGCUCCUCUCGGAUGACCCCAGGCAUCGAAAAAGGAAAUGAAUCAAGGAUAUGUCUGCAAUAUUUUGUGUGCUUGACAAGAUCACAAUGUUUGGACCACGCGAUCUGGUUUUGUGUUUUUCACGUUUGGAUCUGAAUCAUGUCCUGGAUUAGGGGAAAGGGGGCUGUACCAAACUAGGAUUUGAUUUGCCAAAUCAGAUUCUUUGGCUGAGAAUAAGUCUGACUUUGAACAGAAUCAUGUCAUGAGGAAGAUGGUAGAUCACUCCUGUGUGCUGAGGGACGGGUGGGCUCACUGAGAGGACCACCCGCUUGUGGGGUCCUCAGUGAUGGCGGCGUUCUUUGCUAAGCCUUGUCACCAGCCUCACAGACAGGUGCUGGUAAGUUUCCCUGUUCAGACUGGAAGUCCUGUAGCUCCUGCUCGACUCUGGUUUUUUAUAAUUGGCAUUUUACAUGUAUGUGUCUGUCUCCCUGUUGUCAGUUGCCCUCGAUUCCAACUCCUGGCAACCCCACGUGUCAGAGUAGAACUGUGCUCCGUAUGUUUUCUAGGCUGUGACCUUUUGGAAGCACGUCACCAGGCCUGUCUUCUAAGGUACCUCUGGGUGGGUUCAAACCCCCAAACUUUUGGCUAGUGUUCGAGCGCUUAACCCUUUGUGCUACCCAGGGACUCCUGGCAUUUUACACUUACAAGGUUAAAUUUUGUCAGCUUAUGCGUGAACUCUGAGUGGUCCCUGGGUUGCCACAGUUUGUGCUCAGCUACUAAUUGAAAGGUUGGCGGUUCAAACCCAUCCAGUGGUACCUUGAAAGACAGGCCUGGUGAUCUGCUUCCAUAAAGAUUACAACCAAGAAAACCCUAGGGAGCACAGUUCUGUAACACACGGGGUCGCCGUGAGUUGGAGUCGACUUAACAGCCACACGUUUGGGUUUGGGUUUGGUUUUGGGUUUGGUGUGAGUGGACCGCCCCGGCAGGGGUUCCGCUGCUCACCCAUGAGUUUACACACCAUUUGCCCUAGAGUCCCUCCGUUUGUUUAUCUGUCCUUCGCUUGCUUUAAACACUUCCGUCCCACAUUUUAAGAUAAUUACCGUGCAAAAUGAGAUGCACCAGUCCUGAAGGGCAUAAUUUGUGACAAGAUCUUUCUGAGCCCUUUCACCAGAGGCAGCAGUCUGGUGGGAUUUGUCUCAUGGCGAAUACCAAAUGGGGAUAAUUUUGCACCACGAAGAUAUUACCAUCGUCAGGUUGUCUUUAUGAUUAUAGUAACUGCUUCUCUGAGUGUAUAAUUGAACUCCAAAAUGAGUUAUGCCUCUAUUCAGGUUGAAUGAAAUUUCUGAUGUUUUUGAAAUUUGUACACUACUCUGUUUUCUUUUUCCAACAGAAAAUCUGCUGAUGAGGGGAAAUCACUGUCUGCUUUUAUGAUUUGUAAAUUAAUAAAUGGUAUAUUUAAUUCUGUACAUAAA